CAGUUGAAAACAUCCGGCAGUCUGUGCACGUGUGGGCUUACACCUAAAACAUGUGUCAUAUUCUACAGUAUAAUAAACUAUAUAUGUGUCGAGGAAAAGCAGCAUACGUAUUAUAGACUGCUCAAUCUGCAAGCUUAAUCGUCAGCUAGCUAACGUUGGCUACAUCGCUAUCAGCCAGUUGAUCUGGUUUGGACUCAUCAGUCUGCAGCAUUUCUAACGUUACUACUAAGUUAGCUAGCUAUUCAAGAAAUUUGGGUUGGAUUCUGUUGGGCUUGAUUUUUAUACUGUACGUUGCAGGGCUUGGCUCUAUAUUUCACGAACUCAACUGACACGUAGUAGCAUUUAGCUACAUACUCAUCCCCAUGGCUGGAAGAGGCAGGGGUCGUGGAAGGGGUCAGAUGACCUUCAACCUGGAGGACGUGGGCAUAGGAAGGGGAGACAGCCUUCCCCCCACCACAUUUAAGCCCUCACCCCUCUUCCCUCCCAUGCCAGCCCAGCCUGUGCCCCUGCAGACAGGAGAUGAGGUGGAGUACAUGCUGGCUCUGAAACAGGAGAUGAGGGUCGCCACCAAGACACUGCCCUUCUACAUCAGACGGGCCGCUCCCAAAAGAGUAGAUGUCGAUCGCUAUUCUGAUAAGUACCAGAGUGGAGAGCCCAAGGACAGCACCAUCGAGUGGAGCCCAGACUGGAGCAGAUUGCCUAAAGAGCUUUGCAUUAAAGUGAGAAAACCUCAGGGUAAAAGACCUACAACUCAAGUUAAACGGCCAAAGAAACCUCUUGUGGGAAAAGAGGAGAUUCUCACCAAGCUAGAGAAUCUCGAAAAGAAAGAAGAGGCGGUAAAUUCAGAGGAAGAGGAGGACGAGGAGAAAAAGAAGACGAACGAGGAAGAAGAACAGGCAGAUGAAGAGGACUAUGAGGAAGACUUUGAAGAGGAUACCGACUACAUCAUGUCUUACUUUGAAAAUGGAGAGGAGUUUGGAGGGGACAGUGACGACAACAUGGACGAAGCAACUUACUGAGAGACCGUAAGAGGCCUGAUAACACUGAAUAGACAAAACGAGAUGGCCUUGAGUUAUCCUCCCUGCGGACGUAGUUAUAGUAUUCUAAUUACUUGUGGAGUCAUUGGCCAUGGGAACAAAAACAUUGACCGGUAUAGUAUAAAACAUGGAAAGAACAAUAUACUGCUAUCUGAUAACCUAUGUCCAAGACAUGGAAGGUGGUGACUACUGUUGGAAACAGUGGCUCAAUGUAGACUUCUAGAGAGAAUACUCAGACAUUUUCUUAUUGUAUGUGGGGAUUUAAAGUGCCAAAGAUACUAACAAGUCAUACUGACUGUUCCCCUUUCUUCAGCUAUGUUGAGGUAGUAAUGGGAGCUGAUGUAUUUACAGGCUAUUAAUGCCUUUUAUAACUUUAAUAGAUUUUAUGGUUUUAAUCAACAUAUGUACAAUUGCAGUAGUAUAGGGUUUUUAAAGUAAAUACAUGUUUUAAAGACAGGUAUUUUAGCUUUUGUAAUUCCUUGGUGUAGCAAUCUUUUUUUAAGUGUAUACGACAAUCAAAGGUUGUAAUUAUUGUUUUCAAUGUCUUAGCUAAUCAAAAAAAUAGCAUUUGUUUUUAAAAAAUAUUUUAUUAAUGUAAUGUCAAAUUAUGUUAUGCGAGUUGACAAUUUGAAAGUGUUGAAUUUGAGUCUAAAUACAUUUGAAAUAACCAUAGCAAAUAUUCGUUUGUAUCAACCAACCAACAGAUGGCAUAUUAUAUAAGGUAAAUCAAGUGUGGUGUAUGUUCACUGUGUGUAAUUGGUAGGUUAUGCAGUUGACAAAAAAAAGUUUCACCAUUGCCAAUUAAAAGGAGCAGGGAUGGAAUUGGGUGUGAACAUGUGGAAACUCAUGACAUGUAAAAAGUAUUUUUUGAGCUGAAUUCCUGGUAAUUUAUAGUGGUGAGCUCGCAGAAUUUCUUUCUUGUUCUUUUUUUUUCUACCCAUAAAAAGGAGUGUUCCUCUAUUUCAUUUAACAAGGUUUAACAUCCUGCCGUCCAAGUUGAAAAGACAACCCUUGAAAUGCAAGCCUAAUCUGACUAGCUUUGAAAAGCUUUUUUUUAAACUCAGAAUAUCAGCCUUGUAAAGUCUUAUGCUCUUUAACCAUUGGAUUUUGAGAAAUUCUAUAUAUAAACAACAUCAAUAAACGUGGUUGCAGGUAGCCUCAAGGUUAAA